AUGGACACAACAGAUUUAUCACUCAGUGUGAAUAUCGGCGGGAUUCAGAUGCGGAACCCUGUCAUGACGGCAUCUGGCACAUUCGGCUACGGCAGUGAAUACGUCGAUUUCGUGGAUUUGAACCGACUCGGUGCCAUCGUUGUUAAAGGCGUUACGAGCGUGCCGUGGCCCGGCAAUCCGAUGCAACGCAUCAUGGAAACCCCUUCUGGCAUGCUGAAUGCGAUCGGACUCCAAAAUGUCGGCGUAGACGGCUUCAUUUCGGAGAAGCUACCCUAUCUGCGUGAUUUUGAUGUGCCGGUGAUUGUCAACGUCUGUGGCAAAACGGUCGAAGAAUACCUGAUAGUAACCGAGAAACUGAACAGCGCAGAUGGUGUUGCUGGUAUAGAGCUUAAUAUCUCCUGUCCGAACUUAGACUGUGGUGAUAUUACGCUGAUUGCUCGUGCUGUUGAGGACGCUGGCGCAAACGCGCUCUCUGCCAUCAACACGCUCCUCGGUAUGGCGAUUAACACAGAAACACGGAAACCGGAACUCGCAAACGUGACAGGUGGACUCUCAGGUCCCGCGAUAAAGCCGGUAGCAUUGCGAUUGGUUUGGGAGGUUUACAAAAGCGUCUCCAUCCCGAUCGUUGGGAUGGGCGGAAUUAUGACUGCGACAGACGCUAUCGAAUUUUUCAUCGCUGGUGCGGCUGCUGUGGCAAUUGGGACAGCGAACUUCGUCAACCCGCAGGCAUCAAUGGAAGUAGUGAAAGGCAUCUACGACUACCUCAAAGAGGCAGCAGGCAUGCAGUCGCAACUGGAGACAUGGGCAGGGAUCUGCCGAAGUAAAUUGCUGGCAACCCUCUUUUAUGAACCGAGCACUCGGACCCGGCUUUCGUUUGAAAGUGCGAUGGAACGGCUCAACGGCGGCACCCUCGGUUUCGCCGAUCCACAAGCAACCUCCAUCACUAAAGGGGAAACCCUCGCCGACACCGCACGGAUGGUGACGAACUACGCCGAUCUCAUUGUCGUGCGGCACAACUGGGCAGGUGCGGCGCGCGUCAUUGCACAGCACGCACAUAUCCCAGUCAUCAACGGCGGCGAUGGGAGUCAUACACAUCCGACGCAGGCACUCGCGGACCUUUAUACCAUUAUACGGCGAAAAUCCAAGUUUGAAUCUCGCAAGCCAAGCCUUGCUUUCAUAGAAGGGUUAACUGUCGGUAUUUGCGGAGAUCUUCAGUUUGGACGGGCGGCACACUCCUUUGCCCUCGCAGUCGCGCGAUUUGGGGGGAACCUGAUUCAUAUCGCGCCGAAACCGCUACAAAUGCCACUGUGGGUGCUCGCGCAACUGGAACAGUGCCAUGAGCAGAUACCUCUUGAGGUAGAAAGUAUCACAGAAGUGAUUGAUAGACUGGAUGUCAUUUAUGUCAAUCGACUUCAGGAGGAACGGCUUCCGCCGAAUAUGGACGCGGCAACCGUACGCGGGAGUUACCUGUUGAAUGCAGCAGUCAUGAAGCAUGCCAAACCUGAUGCGAUGAUUAUGCAUCCACUCCCCCGUGUCAAUGAACUCGCCUAUGAAUUAGACGACGACCCUCGCGCCGCCUAUUUCGAGCAAUCGGCGAACGCAGUGCCGGUUCGGAUGGCACUGAUCGCCAGCCUCAUGGGGUUGGAACAACUCAUCUUGACACAACCUCCAGAACGAGACAUUGCCGCUUCUACACGGACAUGUGAAAACGCAAAUUGCGUUACUCAUCACGAGACCUACCUAACUCCUGAACGCGAGACGUUUAAGGGUAAUGUCAAAUUGCACGCUUGUGCGUAUUGUGGAAACCUACUCUCGUAA